GCAUCGCGAGACGAUGCGUGUAAAUAAUUGACCGAGAAACCUCGCAAAUGCGCUCCCUACGCACAGGCACUCUCCUGAGCUCCUCCGGAGAACAUGCUUUGUAAAAUACAGUUUCUCACCCACUCGUCGGCAUGCACAUGCGAUGCGAUGCGAGUUAAAAUAUGGCGGCUUGGCGCGGAUACCUCCCCUGCAACUGAGCAAAAUCCGAUGCUGAUCCGUCAGAUUCUUCCUGAAGACGCCGUUUCCAUGCGAAAUAAUGCCAUUAGAUGCCCAUAUGGGGCAACCCAGACUCCAUUUCGCCUGCUAUUUCUGUAUCCACAUCCCUGAUCUUUUGUUGUUUCAUCUAUGCUUGGAAGAGAUCUGCGGAGGUAGCCCUACCGGCACUGACCAAGUCUCAAUCGGAAAUAAAGGGAAUAAUGUGUUGCCUUGGGAGAAAGAAAGGCAUGUCGCUCAUUUGCCUUGGAGAUCAUGAAAGUUUCGGUUUAUCUGAUCAAUUCCCCCCGGUUUUACCUUGUUUCACGCUAACAUUAUCGGGAAAAACAAAGAGCCCCAGUGCUCUGUAUGAACAUACAUACAUAUGUAUGGACUUCCCGCACUUGCCUCGGCGCGGUCGAUGCAUGGUUUGUAACGGCGUAGACCCGGCUCAAAGACGAGGCCCGAGCCCCGGGGAUUUGGGUUCCGCGACACGCAACAUUAUCCCCUUUGCUCGGUUGCGAUACGAUUCUGAUAUUUGCUCCUUGGUUCCUAAUCGAUCCCUGAGAAAAUGGGAUCUCUCCCAUUUUUGGACAAUGUACUCCGUACGGAGUACUCCUCAGGUGAAAAGAACGUUCAACAAGGUCGAUAAGGUCCAAGGGUCAAAACACUGCUCGGAAGGAUUCGAAGACCGACAUCCCAGCACGUUUACUAUCCUCGUUGGCAUGGGAUUCCAUGCGAGGCCCCCGUCAAAUGCCAGAAGACCACUCCAGAGGAAGACGGACUUACCCCCUGAGAAUCUCCCACUCCAACACAUGGACGUGGUCCACGCCUCGAAAUCCUCGGCUCUUUGACUGAGACGUUUGCUCUUCUACUUCAAUGGGUGAUGUGAAGACGGCCCAUCCGUUCAGGUUUAACCGAAGAAGCACAAGGCACUGCCUGCAUGCAGUAUUCAUCAAAAUAUGGCACCCAAAUGCCGAUAAAACGCCAACCAUGCAAUGAUCUCCGAGAAUGUUAGCCCUGGAAGUCAGUAUUUUGACUGGGGUUUGACUAAAUAUUCCUCUUCGCUAUUGAAGGUAAUGGCGAAUAUCCAGGCCUCUCAAAGUAGCCUCUCCGCCUCGAUCGAAGGAUCGCUCUGGAUGGACAACAUUUUCUCAACGAGUAGCACAGAAGGGUUCUUCUC